GGGAGGACAUGGCCUGCACCUUCUCCAUGCUCAUGGCUUCGACGGGGAGCGGGGCUGCUAACCACUGCAUGGCGGCGGCCUUGGGACGGCGUGGCGGAGCGGAUGCUGGAGACGGGGGCAUCCAGCGAUGCUGCAACCGGCCGAGCAUGGCGCUGCCCACCAUGGGCACGGUGACCACGCCGACGGGUGCUGCAAACCACGGUGGCAACUGUGGUGGAGGAUGUUGGAACCGGCAUGGGGAUUUGCUUCAACCAGCGCCGGGAUUUGCUUCAACGGUGAGGAUGGUGGUGGACGGCGACAACGGUGGCCGUCGUGGAGGGGACAAUGUCGGGCGACCAUGGCCGCGGGUGCCGUGAUUUUUGCUGCACAGAUUUUUUGCUGGAACCAGCAUUUUGACUUGUUGCAAUCGGCAAGGAUGGUGCUGGGGCGGCUACGACGACAACGCCGUGAUUUUUUUU